CAGACCCGGCGCUCCCUGCGGCGGCCUUUCAGUUUGCGCUGACAACUUUUAGAGUCCGGACAUCGUUUGAACUUCGGACUUGUGGACUAAACGAGUCAAUUACUCCUCUUCCUCUUUAAUCUACACAUAUCUUUUGUUUUAAAUCGUGUGUUCGUCAAACGUCCAAUUCGCCAUCACCAUCAGGUGACGAUGAAUAUGAAGAAGUGAAGGACGGGCAAUUAAUCAAAAAUAAAAUAAAGAAAACAAUGACGAAAUUCAGGAUCAAUUUGGCUCUGGGUCACACGCUACUGCUCCUACUAGCAGUUGUGAAGUCUUCGUCAGAAUCUGGCCUAAAAACAGAACCAAUGGCAACAGUUGUACCAGCUACAUCAUCUGAGACCAGUGAAGAACCAGCACCUCAGAGUACUGACGUCAGUGUCUCAAGUACUCCAGGUUCACAUUCUACUAUUCCAUGGCCUAUUACUUCAGAGCCAACUUCCCCACACAGUACCACUCCAACAUCAGUUCCUCUACCCUCUACUACCACUUCAGAGUCAACUGACCCAUACAUUACCACUUCACAACCAGGUUACCUAUCCCCUACUACUUCAGAGCCAACUUCCCCAUACAGUACCACUCCAACAUCAGUUCCUCUACCCUCUACUACCACUUCAGAGUCAACUGACCCAUACAUUACCACUUCACAACCAGGUAGCCUAUCCCCUACUACUUCAGAGCCAACUUCCCCAUACGUACCACUCCAACAUCAUAACACUUCAACAACAGUUCCUCUACCCUCUACUACCACUUCAGAGUCAACUGACCCAUACAUUACCACUUCACAACCAGGUAGCCUAUCCCCUACUACUUCAGAGCCAACUUUCCCAUACAGUAACACUUCAACAACAGUUCCUCUACCCUCUACUACCACUUCAGAGUCAACUGACCCAUACAUUACCACUUCACAACCAGGUAGCCUAUCCCCUACUACUUCAGAGCCAACUUUCCCAUACAGUAACACUUCAACAACAGUUCCUCUACCCUCUACUACCACUUCAGAGUCAACUGACCCAUACAUUACCACUUCACAACCAGAGCCAACUUUCCCAUACAGUAACACUUCAACAACAGUUCCUCUACCCUCUACUACCACUUCAGAGUCAACUGACCCAUACAUUACCACUUCACAACCAGGUAGCCUAUCCCCUACUACUUCAGAGCCAACUUUCCCAUACAGUACCACUUCAACACCAGUUCGCCCACUCCCUACUGAGCCAACUCUCCCAUACAGUGACACUUCAGAAUCAUCUGCUCCAUCCUCUACUACACAUCCGACUACUACAAACAUUAUUACUUCACAACUAACUACAGAGACGACGGUUGCAACCACAGUCCUACCCUACCGCGACCUGACGGUCCACUUGGUGCUUCUGCCUCCUCGUUCGAUGCAAGCAACUUGGAACGCCAGCGAAACUGAAGAACCUGAUAAACUGUGCUACUGGUGGGAGCGCCGUGGUCUGACAUGCGAAGAGAAUGUCAUGGGUGAAGUAGUUGUUCCAGUAAUACCAGCUGGCACACCUAUCAAGGUAUAUGUUGUCAAUGGAAAUAUGAAAGGACCCAAUAGUACCAUGUAUGUACCCUGGCAACUUGGUGUCGGGAACACCACGAGCUCUUCCAUUCUCGUGGAAUGGCACAGCGAUGAAAUCGUGAAUUCAGUUUACUUGUACCGAGAUAAUGAAGAUUCCUCUGAACCAUGCAACCCUUGGUACUCAAGAACUUGCCUGUUUACCGGUUUAGAAGCAUCAACAAAAUAUGAGAUAUUGAUGGUCUUCUACAGAUAUCAGAGUCUUUCAAUUCACGUCACGACUAACGGCCAUGAAGUAUACAACGGGGUCUCGUGGCGCUGUGGUGAAAACCAUUGCCAAAAAAGUGAGACUUGUUUCCCUGCAACGGACAACCUGCUUCCAGUCAUCGAUCCUCAAGAGACUAUUCCAACGAGUUACCCAUACACGUGUCGAUGGAACAUCUCCAGUCGGUUCGGCAAGUGGUUUUCAAAUUUGGCAGUUGGGAGCUAAUAACUACAAAGAACUGUUCCAGUCUUACCAUUUACCCUUGCUUAUCUAUAAAAUGAAACCUUCCCAACCAUCCUUGCUUAUCUUUAGAAAAAAAUCAUGCCACUAUCUUUGCUUAUCCAUAAAAAGCCGACCAGAAAUUAUUAAAAUAAAUACUUGUGUUGUCUAAAUUGCAAUGCCCCUGAGCAUA